GUCACAUUGGUUUGUGAUUUGGCCGUCUCAAAGGGGUAAAACAUAUGUAUUUGUAGGUUUAAACAAAAAAGUUUAUCGACCAAUGAUAGUAAAUUAGCUUAAUAAAGAUAUAACGUAACAUAUUUCAGUGGAGUGAGUGAAUCUCACCUGUUCAAAACAGUUAAAUGCCGUUGUUGUUGUCUGCUCGCUAGCUAGCUAACAUUGCUAGCCAGUGUUUGUUGUCACAUUCUGUUCUAUAUUUUGCAGGGCUCCCCUUUCCCUGGCAAAAUGUCUGCCUACGGAAUUAUGAAAGCUUUCCCCAAAGUGAAGAGAGCAGGGGCACGUGAGGGAAAGGAUGCACCCCCACCAAAGAGGAAGUCUGAUGAAACUGUACCUGUUACAGGUGUGGGCCGUGUUUGAGAACAUCAGAUCCGUAAUACAUUUUGGGUAAAUUGUGACUGAUCUACAAAUAUUAAUGAUUUUUAUUAUGCUAGAUUUGUAGAUCAGUCAGUCGCUGACCGCAAUGCAGUCGAUGUUGAACAAGCCCUGUGUGUGUGUAAAACUGUACUUUUCCCAAUCCCAUUCCAGGGACUGCUUUCCAGGGCGUCACCGUACACAUAUUACCAACCGGCAUCGGGAACGCCAGAUGUCAGAUCUUCCAGAGACAGAUUGUCCAGAAUGGAGGCCAGACUGAGAGCUCCCUCUGUCCCACUGUCACCCACGUUGUAGUGGAUGACAGUAUGGACUGUGACAGGGCUUUCAGGCUGCUCAAAGUGGACAGGCUGCCCUCUGGAGUUUAUUUGUUGAAGUGCACCUGGCUCAGUACCUGCAUCAGUGAGAAGAGACUGCUGGAUACAGCAGACUACAGCCUACUCAACCCAGACAAAGACAUGGAAACUACAAAGGAGGAUGUCAAAGAAGACGUGCUCAACAGUGUCCCACUCCCAGCCACACAGGACAUGAAGCAGCCGAUCCCUGAUGAAACAAAACCAGAUGAGUCAACAGAGACUGUACGUUGAUGACCACAUAACCAUUAACCAUAACCCUGUGACUGCAUUAUAACUUCUUCUGGCCCUAAUCAUACACUUCUUUACUUCAUGUAUCCAAAGGUCCAAGACACUAAAGACGACUUCAAAGACGAAUAUGGCGUCUCCCAGAGCGAUCUGGAGGCUCUGAUCAGCGGCCUGCACCCCAAGGACGAGACCCCUAGCCCCAGUACUGCCGCUGCCCCCUCAGACCCCCAACAGAAGCCUCUCUCAGGGAAGUGGGUGUGUGCCCAGUCCUCCCAGUCCAAGGUUGACAACCACAACAAGCACAUCACAGAUAAACUGGAGGUGCUUGCCAAGGCCUACACGCACCAGGGAGACAGAUGGAGAGCGCUGGGCUACUCCAAAGCCGUCAACGCCCUCAAGAGCUACCACAAGCCUAUCACGUCCUAUGAGGUGGGUCAUUUAGUACCAUAUCUGCAUAGUUGGUGAUUAUGGUCGGCCAUUUUGUAUUUGUGUCAUUCCUGUCUCUCUAUUCUCACUAUUUCAAACAUUGUGAAAUGUGGCUGAUCGGUUGGUUGGUUUACUUAACUGCAUCCCUGUUAUUGACAAGAUGGAUGCAUAAAUCGAUGGCUGCCGGUUCAAUUCAAUUCUGUUUUUACGUGUUUUGUAUCAUAUUGUACAACAGCUGAUGAAGCUAACGCUAACGGCCCUGCUACACUAGAGCCAUCGGGCGUCCGGCAUUGCCAUCAGCCGUCAGCCAUUGAGGAAAUGCUUUCUUUGAAAUCAAUGAAAGCUGCUUCACCACCCGUGUUGCGUCAAGCUCAAGAAUCACCUUCAUUCUGUCUUGUGAAUUUAAAUAAUUGAGAAAUUGUUGAUUAUUGUUGCAUAUGGCCUCGACUAUACACCACUGGUUAUUUUACAUAGAUUUAUAAUAAUAAUAAUAAUAAUAUGCCAUUUAGCAGACGCUUUUAUCCAAAGCGACUUACAGUCAUGUGUGCAUACAUUUUUACGUAUGGGUGGUCCCGGGGAUCGAACCCACUACCCUGGCAUUACAAGCACCAUGCUCUACUACUACUACUAGCUAGCUAACUACAUUGAAUAGCUAGCAACUUGCAAAAUUAGAGGAUCAUUUAAUACAACCACUAGCAACAAUUUAAUGAGUACCUGCGAAAAACUGGACCAAAGCUAUUGUACUUACGCAUAAUCAGUGAAUAUGGUACAGUACAGUAGGAAAAAGUAGAAUAAAGAAGCUCCUCCCCCUCUGCUCCUCUCAGCUCUCAAAACAACGUGCUCUGUGUAGCAGAUCAAACGUCACAUUGACGAGAUGCUGAUGGCAAAGCAACAUGACGUGUAUAGUGGAGCUGAAGAGUUAGUGUUAUUUCCUGAUAGUUGCUUCAUUUGUUGAAAACACAAUCUACACAGGACCUUCUAAUCAGCAGGUUUUGCAUGGGGGGACAGGGUUCUCCCCAGGGUUUUUUAACAAGGUUGUGCUGCUGAGUACGGCCGGGGGAGGCCUGGAGGAGGGCAGUGCCCCCUGUUUGGACACCUGUAACUGCCAUUUCUUGCAAUAUAUUUAAAAAAAAAUUGCCUUAUAUGAUAACAAUUAAAGUAACAAAAAUUAAAUGUAAAAUAUUACAUGGUGGUGCAGCGCCUCUCUUCUAGUCUUUGGGGAGAACCCUGGGCGGAGUUUAGUUAGUUAGUAGACCAGUAACAAAGAGUUCCAAACUUCUGCCAAUAACAGCUAGUUUUCUGUUUUUCCCUCCCCACUCUGACAGUCCUUGCUAAAUUCUUGCUUCAGAAAUAGUUUUUUGUUGCUAAAAAGCUAUUUUAGUUUCUUUUUGACCAUUUGAAAUGGAAACUAUUACAGUAAGGUACAUAAUUGUUACCCAGAAAGAUUUGAUAUUAGGAUAAAAAUGGCUGCAGUGGCCCUUAACUCCUUGUAAUUGACUAAGCCUAAUUCAAUGCAUGAACAAACCGUAACACAUGCCUGUCAAAUUUCAGGAGGCCUGUAAGAUCCAGGGCAUUGGGAAGAAGAUGGCUGACAAGGUCAUGGAGAUCAUGGAGAGUGGGCACCUCCGUAAGAUAGACCACUUGGGAGAGGCAGUGCCAGUACUGGAGCUGUUCACCAAUAUCUGGGGGGCAGGGGCCAAGACUGCCCAGAUUUGGUACACACAGGUUAGAUGGAUUGAUCUUACAAGGUGUUGGUUGUCACACAGUCAGUCUCUCUGUCGGUGUGUCUCUCUCUCGCUCUCUGAUUUAGAAUGCUACACAGCUCUGACUGUAAGAUUUAUUUUGUUUUUGUAUUAUGGAGUGUGCAGUUAUUUUAGUGUUUGAUAGUGUGAUACAAAUUGAUUUGACAUGAGCUAAAAAAUAUAUAUUUUCAAUCUUAGGGGUUCCGUACUUUGGAGGACAUCCGUACCAAGGCCAAUCUGAACCACAACCAGAUAAUUGGACUCAAACACUACGACGACUUUCUGGACCGGAUGCCCAGAGAAGAGGCAGCCGCCAUUGAAAAAACGGUAACACAUCUCCCUCUUAUUGUCUCAAGCACCAACAUUAAAGGUCAAUCAAUGUUAAAAUGUAACAUUCUAUUAGUUAUAGACUAAACAGGCCUCUUCCUUCCACUUCCCACUACGUCUAGCGGGGUUAAGAGAGUUUCUUUAGAAAAGUGUCUCCAGUCCAGUACUGUAACCCCCUUGCGAACAAGAGAUCUUGUAAAGUGAAGUGCUACGGGACCUCAAAGCCAAGUUCCGAUUUUUUUAAGUUUGCCUUGGCCGCUAAGCAGACUGUCAGUCCAGUCCUCCUAGCCUGGUCUGUGUGUGAUGGAGAAAGCAGACAUCCCGCUCUCUGUCAGAGUCCUGCCGGCCGCGUCCCUAAGGGGGGGAACUCGCUCUUAGAAAUUUGGCGCAUCAUAUGUCAGCAGAUACCAGGGCCGCGUUUCAUUCCAGAAAGGUGUUUCCUCCCCUUCUGCCUCCGUUCACUUCCUUUCAUGGAUCUGAGACAACUGGGUGGGUGUAAAGCAAGAACUCAAUUAGAUUCCACCCAUAAAGAUAGAUAGAGGACUCAUCAUGGAUAUAACCCUUUUUAGCAUGGACAUUGCCAUUGAGGGCUUCCACCAUUUUAAAGUAGUCAACUGCAUGGGGAGUCCUAUGUGUUGGGAGCAAUCAGCCAAUGAAGAAGAAUAAAAUGGACUACUUUAAAAUGGAGAUAGCCCCAUGCUGUCACAGAUGUAUAAUGGCACAGAUACAAAGAUGAGUCCUCUAUCUAGCUCUAUGAUUCCGCCUUAUUGCUUUCACCUGUCCAGUCCUAUCAGAUCUGUGAAGGGGAGUGAAUGAGGGAACAUAAUCCUGGAAUGAAACGCGGCCCUGGUCACUGGGAGCACCGGGUACAAAGCCAAUUGUUUUCAUAUAGUAUUACUUGGAUUUCCCUGUUCCUUUCGUGGCUGCCAGAUAUAACGUGCAGAUUAGAAAGAUGACUAUAGCAUGUGUCCUUCUGACUUGUGGCUUGUCAAAAUAAUAUGUAGUGUCGUCAAAAUGUAUCUGGUUUGCUUGAAUACGGUUAAUGCUUAUUUGUUGACCGGCAAAGCUUUACGAAAAUAGACCAUUUUCUUUUCUAAUUUCAAGUAGGUAAUAUAAAUACAAUUUGAGGACUUGUCUUGGAGAUUCAACACAAGUGUACAAAAUGUUAUUUUGAGUCCAAAUAUGAAUGGGAAACAAACCAAACGUUCUGUUAUAAUGAAGGCCCCUGAGAGAACAUUAUUGGGGAAAACUUUUAAACAUAGUUUAGAACCCAUAACCAUUCAUUAUAAAUACAUUGUAUAAUGCAAAGUGGUCCUCACCACCACUGGUCUGGGAUCCAAACUGAAUUGCUCUUUUUCACAGUUUUUUAAAACUGAGACAAUAGUAAAACACAAUAGUGUAUCAGAAAAACAAUAGUGAAAUAGCGAUUCAAUUUGGAUUCCCAGGCUACCCCACCCCACCACAGAUUUGACUGUAUAUCAAACAAACAAAAAUGUCCCUGUCCUGUUGUAAAUGUAUAGGUGAGAGAGCCCCCAUCAUAUAUUGUAUCCCAAACUGUAAAAUGUUUCACUGUAUGUGAAACAAAGUUAAUUCAGUGUUGUCUAGAGUUGGGCUAUAUAUGAUUAAAUCAAAUAUUGUGAUAUUUGACAUCGAUGAUAUAUCAUGAUGUGCAAGACUAUACUCUAAUUUAACUUUACAAAUCAAAACUGCCUUUUAUCAGUUAGGUUGUAUCAAUAUGUUGAAAAUGUAGUCUAAAUAAAUGAAUUAAGCCUUAUUUUCUUUUGCCAUACAAUUAUUAUUGAAUGAGAAUGCUACUAUAAUAUCGUAAAUAAGCACAAAAAUUUCACAGUCUGGAAUUAUUUAGUCAUUAACCCUUUACACUUGUGGGAAUUGGCCUAUAUGAAUAGGGAUAAAUUGAAACGUUUCUUACAGAAGAAAUAUGAAAAACAUAUGCAUAACGAUGGUAUCAAUUGCAAGGGAACAGUUUGGAGAUACUGUGAAAAUUAUUAGACCAAAAGGUGGGCACACAACAGUUCACCUGACACAAGACUGAAUCCAAACAUUACACUGUUGAUUUUAUGUCCAUUUUACAUUUACUGUACUUUUCGCCGCGUUUGUUGAUAACGAAAUCUGAAAAUACUCUGGAUACAUUCAGUAACAUGAUAAGAAUAUUCCUGGAAAAUGUGAGGUAGGUGCAACAUGAGACAAACAAAUGAAAAGUGUUUGAGUGAGAGGACUAACUGGUGUCUCCAUGUUGCCACACACCUCUCCAAAGUGUGCACAGUUCCUAAGCAAUUUCAAUGCACUUUUAUGACUCAAAGAAGUCUUCAACUAUAUGUUUAUUUUUAUUUUUUGCUGUCCUAGCUGUGACAUUGAGGAACUAGAGCAAGCACACUUGUAGUUGUUUAGUUUAAAACACAACCUUGCAUUCCCGCCAUCACACAAUUACUGUUGCUGUUUAUGCAAUCCCAAAACAGUCUAUUAUAAAUCGCAAUCUGGGUCAGGUGUGCCUGAUUUGAAAGCUUGUUCUAUUGCCAAGAUGACUAGCUAAGUUAUAAAUUAGGCUUUCACAAGGCAAUUCAGAGAAACGGAUUGCAAUUUUGGUGCGCAUAGAAAGGAGUCAUGAGUGCAUUCAGGUGGUGAAUAUUCUUCAGAAUAAACAAACAUAGGCUCAUUCUGUUUAGAACAACCCAGGGUAUGACGCCAUGUCAUCUUGUAACUUUACAUCAAACAAAGUGAUCAUAAACACUGAUACUGUAUAUGACAUGAGUUUUAUGAUUUGGAGAUGUGAAGUGCACAUUUGGACUCCCAGUGUUUGACUUGCUUGUAUGACAGCAAAGCAGUAUUUAUUAUAAUAAUCCUCAACGUCUCAUCUUUCAAAAUACAUAGAGUCCUCUUAACUUACAGCAUUUCCCUCACUCAGACAACAAAAAAAAUGGCUAAAGUUGCCGAAGUACCGGGAGGGAUGGGGGUAACUUCUUGUUGCGCGCGGUGCUGAAGUUCAGAACAGCUGUCAGUCAAAACCCAUACAGCGCUGUGAAGCGCAGAGCCUGAGCUCUGAUAUCAUGUAUAGCAUGUUACUGUACAGCCACUAUGUUCCAAUGUAGGUACUUAUCAGUGCCCAAAUCUGCCAUUUUCAACCUGUAUACGGGUACAGGUUUAUAGGGCUACCGGCUCAAAACUAUUAUCGGAUAUCAAGAUAUAUUUCAAGUAGCAUAUCGUAGAAGAGGUCUCCCCAAAUAUUGCCCAACCCUAGUGUGGUCCCAUGCUAAUAUUAUAUGCCUUAACAUGAAUCUAUCCUGUUGUAAAUGUGUAUAGUUGAGGUAGUCCCCACCAUAUCUUUCAUGCCAAACUGUAACUUUGUUCCUCUCCGGUUGUACAUGUACAGUAUCUACAGUCGUGGUCAAAAGUUUUCAGAAUGACACAAGUAUUGGUCUUCACAAAGUUUGCUGCUUCAGUGUUAUGAGAUUUUUGUCAGAUGUUACUACGGUAUACUGAAGUAUAAUUACAAGCAUUCCAUAAGUGUCAAAGGUUUUUAUUGACAAUUACAUUAAGUUUAUGCAAAGAGUCAAUAUUUGCAGUGUUGAUCCUUCUUUUUCAAGACCUCUGCAAUCCGCCCUGGCAUGCUGUCAAUUAACUUCUGGGCCACAUCCUGACUGAUGGCAGCCCAUUCUUGCAUAAUCAAUGCUUGGAGUUUGUCCGAAUUUGUGGGUUUUUGUUUGUCCACCCGGCUCUUGAGGAUUGACCACAAGUUCCCAAUGGGAUUAAGGUCUGGGGAGUUUCCUGGCCAUGGACCCAAAAUGUUGAUGUUUUGUUCCCCGAGCCACUUAGUUAUCACUUUUGCCUUAUGGCAAGGUACUCCAUCAUGCUGGAAAGGCAUUGGUCAUCACCUAGCUGUUCUUGGAUGGUUGGGAGAAGUUGCUCUCGGAGGAUGUGUUAGUACCAUUCUUUAUUCAUGGAUGUGUUCUUAGGCAAAAUUGUGAGUGAGCCCACUCCCUUGGCUGAGAAGCAACCCCACACAUGAAUGGUCUCAGGAUGCUUUACUGUUGGCAUGACACAGGACUGAUGGUAGCGCUCACCUUGUCUUCUCCGGACAAGGUGUUUUCCGGAUGCCCCAAACAAUCGGAAAGGGGAUUCAUCAGAGAAAAUGACUUUACCCCAGUCCUCAGCAGUCCAAUCCCUGUACCUUUUGCAGAAUAUCAGUCUGUCCCUGAUGUUUUUCCUGGAGAGAAGUGGCUUCUUUGCUGCCCUUCUUGACACCAGGCCAUCCUCCAAAAGUCUUCGCCUCACUGUGCGUGCAGAUGCACUCACACCUGCCUGCUGCCAUUCCUGAGCAAGCUCUGCACUGGUGGUGCCCUGAUCCCGCAGCUGAAUCAACUUUAGGAGACGGUCCUGGCGCUUGCUGGAUUUUCUUGGGCGCCCUGACGCCUUCUUCACAACAAUUGAACCUCUCUCCUUGAAGUUCUUGAUGAUCCGAUAAAUGGUUGAUUUAGGUGCAAUCUUACUAGCAGCAAUAUCCUUGCCUGUGAAGCCCUUUUUGUGCAAAGCAAUGAUGACAGCACGUGUUUCCUUGCAGGUAACCAUGGUUAACAGAGGAAGAACAAUAAUUUCAAGCACCACCCUCCUUUUAAAGCUUCCAGUCUGUUAUUCUAACUCAAUCAGCAUGACAGAGUGAUCUCCAGCCUUGUCCUCGUCAACACUCUCACCUGUGUUAACGAGAGAAUCACUGACAUGAUGGCAGAGUUUAAAUGCAGUGGAAAUGUUUUUUGGGGAUUAAGUUCAUUUUCAUGGCUAAGAGGGACUUUGCAAUUAAUUGCAAUUCAUCUGAUCACUCUUCAUGACAUUCUGGAGUAUAUGCAAAUUGCCAUCAUCAAAACUGAGGCAGUAGACUUUGUGAAAAUUAGUAUUUGUGUCAUUCUCAAAACUUUUGACCACGAGUACCAGUCCAAAGUUUGGAGACACCUACUCAUUCCAGGGUUUUUCUUUAUUUUUACUAUUUUCUACAUUGUAGAAUAAUACUGAAGACAUCAAAACAAUGAAAUAACACAUGGACUCAUGUAGUAACUAAAUAAGUGUUAAACAAAUCUAAAUAUAUUUUAUAUAUUCCUCAAAGUAGCCACCCUUUGCCUUGAUGACAGCAUUACACACUCUUGGCAUUCUCUCAACCAGCUUCAUGAGGUAGUCACCUGGAAUGCAUUUAAAUUAACAGGUGUGCCUUGUUAAUUUGUGAAAUGUAUUUCCUUCUUAAUGCGUUUGAGCCAAUCAGUUUUGUUGUGACAAGGUAGGAGUGGUAAACAGAAGAUAGCCCUAUUUGGUAAAAGACCAAGUCCAUAUUAUGGUAAGAACAGCUCAAAUAAGCAAAGAGAAACGACAGUCAGUCAUUACUUUAAGACAUGAAGGUCAGUCAAUACAGAACAUUUCAAGAACUUAUGAGGAAGUUUCUUCAAGUGUAGUCGCAAAAACCAUCAAGCGCUAUGAUGAAACUGGCUCUCAUGAGGGCCGCCACAGGGAAAGGAAGACCCAGAGUUACCUCUGCUGCAGAGGAUAAGUUCAUUAGAGUUAACUGCACCUCAGAUUGCAGCCCAAAUAAAUGCUUCACAGAGUUCAAGUAACAGACACAUCUCAACAUCAACUGUUCAGAGGAGACUGCGUGAAUCAGGCCUUCAUGGUCGAAUUGCUGCAAAGAAACCACUACUAAAGGACACCAAUAAGAAGAAGAGACUUGCUUGGGCCAAGAAAAACAUGAGCAAUGGACAUUAGACCGGUGGAAAUCUGUCCUUUGGUCUGAUGUGUCCAAAUUUGAGAUAUUCGGUUCCAACCGCCAUGUCUUUGUGAGACGAGGUGUGGAUGAACGGAUGAUCUUCGCAUGUGUGGUUCCCACCGUGAAGCAUGGAGGAGGAGGUGUGAUAGUGUGGGGGUGCUUUACUGGUGACACUCUGUGAUUUAUUUAGAAUUCAAGGCACACUUAACAAGCAUGGCUACCACAGUGUUCUGCAGUGAAACGCCAUCCCAUCUGGUUUGCACUUAGUGGGACUAUCAUUUGUUUUUCAACAGGACAAUGACCCAACACACCUCCAGGCUGUUUAAGGUCUAUUUGACCAAGAAGGAGAGUGAUGGAGUGCUGCAUCAGAUGACCUGGCCUCCACAAUCACCUGACCUCAACCCAAUUGAGAUGGUUUGGGAUGAGUUGGACCGCAAAGUAAAGGAAAAGCAGCCAACAAGUGCUCAGCAUAUGUGGGAACUUCAAGACUGUUGGAAAAGCAUUCCCGGUGAAGCUGGUUGAGAGAAUGCCAAGAGUGUGCAAAGCUGUCAUCAAGGCAAAGGGUGGCUACUUUGAAGAAUCUCAAAUAUAAAAUAUAUUUAGAUUUGUUUAACACUUUUUUGGUUACUACAUGAUUCCAUAUGUGUUAUUUCAUAGUUUUGAUGUCUUCACUAUUAUUCUACAAUGUAGAAAUAGUACAAAUAAAGAAAAACCCUUGAAUGAGUAGGUGUGUCCAAACUUUUGACUGGUACUGUAUAUGUGAGGGAGGCAGCCCUGUUAUUCGAUGCCAAAUUGUAACAUAACAUAUCCCUGUCCUUUUCUGCUGUAUAGGUGAGGGAGGCAGCUCAGUUUCUGGACCCGGGCCUGUUGGCCAUGGCCUGUGGUUCGUACCGGCGGGGGAAGGCUACGUGUGGAGAUGUUGACGUCCUCAUCUCUCACCCAGACGGGAAGUCCCACCGGGGUGUCUUUAGCAAAGUGUUACAGAUCCUCCACCAGAGCGGUAGGAGGACACGUCCAAAUACAGGACAUUUGAUUAAUUAACUGUCGUGGAUUCCCAACCAAUUAUAGCACAUGAAUAGUUUUUUUCUCUCUGGUGUUAACAAUUCAUCUUCUUUCACAAUGAUAUUAUUCAUAAUUUAUUUGACAUCUAAAGUAUUUAAUAGUGGGAUAAGCUGAGAGCUGGUUCAUAAUUCACUAGGCAUGAUCGUUUGUGUUGCAAAAAGUUUUGCUACGGUGUGCCCUAAUGAAUAUGACCCGGUUCUUGUUCUUUUUGUUCUUUUUUAUUCAGGCUUCCUGACAGACGACCUAGUGAGCCAAGAGGAGAGCGGCGAGCAGAAGAAGUACAUGGGUGUGUGUCAUCUGCCAGGACCUGGCCGGCGACACCGCCGCCUCGACAUCAUCGUGGUGCCCUACGGCGAGUUUGCCUGCUCCCUCAUGUACUUCACCGGCUCGGCACACUUCAACCGCUCUAUGAGGGCAUUGGCCAAGACCAAACGCAUGAGCCUAUCAGAGCACUCGUUGAACAGCGAUGUGUUGAGACAAGGAAGUUUGAAGGUGUAUGGGGGGACACCACUACCCACACUCACUGAGAAGGAUGUCUUCACCCAUCUGGGAAUACCUUUCAGGGAACCUCAGGAAAGAGACUGGUGA